CAAGACUACAGUGAUUUAACUUCCUAGCAGGAUGUGAAUUUUUGCUUAGGGAGGAGUUGAUGGAUAUUGCUAGGAAACUGAAUCCUGCCAGCUUGACAUUGAAGAGAUGGAUUUGAUGCUGAGGACUAAAGUCUCUACUAGAGAAAAAGAGGAAAGAAUUGCUGUUUUGGAAACAGAAAAUGCUAUUUUGCAUCUGCAAAUUGCACAGUUGCAAAAUUCCUUCAAAGCUCAGCUGAGACGACAAGAUGCAAGUUUCUCCAGUUACAAACUUCAUCAGCUAAAAAUCUCUCAAUUGCUGGAUCAAGUACAGCAACUCAAACAAAACUUGAGGGACCUUCAGUCCGAAUAUGUUACAUAUCAAGAGGAAUGGCACAAAAUGACAUCAACAGUUCUUCCUGACAUCCUCCACAAGCAUAGCUGCAAGUUGACUGAAUUCAGAGCUGUACAACGUAAAUAUGAGGAAGAGAGAACAAAAAGGAAAGAGCUGCAUAAUGAGCUGAUUGAGCUCCGUGGCAACAUCAGAGUGCAUUGCAGAGUCAGACCAUUGCUACAGACGGACAUUGACAAAGAAUGUACUUGUUGCAUUGACUGCAUUGAUGACGAAACUGUUAGUGUUGAGUAUUUGCAAACCUCUUACUUGGGCUCUAAAAUCAGUAAGAAGCUCUUCUGCUUUGAUAGGGUGUACGGUCCGAACGAUGCCCAGGAAACUGUGUUUGCUGACGUCAAACCACUGUUAACUUCACUGGUAGAUGGGUACAAUGUUUGCGUCAUGGCUUAUGGACAGACCGGAAGUGGGAAGACGUACACUAUGCUUGGUGGCUGUGAGCAAUCAGCAGGAGUGCUCCCGUUGGCUGCAACAGAAUUAUUCAGGUUGGUUGAAGGACGAUUGAUUGACUGUGAGAUUACAGCAACUGUCGUUGAAAUCUACAAUGAGCAAAUAAUAGACCUCCUCUCACCAAAAAGAGAAGUUUCUCAACAUAAUGUUUUGCUCGAUCGCAAUGGAGAUGUUGAAGUCACUAACAUCACAGAAAGACUUGUGUCGAGUGAGAGUGAGCUGCUCUCUGUGGUCAGUGAGGGGAUGCAACGAAGGGCCACUCACAGUACGCAUGUGCACGAGCACUCAAGCAGAUCCCACCUCAUAGUGACCAUCCACAUCACGGCUCGGGGUGAGGGGGGAGUCUCCAUCGCCAGCUCUGUCUCCAGUCUACAGCUUAACACAACUAUCACUCCAGUCAGCUCCACAGAUUCAACUCCACUGAUGUCUCCGACAGGCUCACCCCCCAAACUGAGGUACAGCAGGUCCCACUUAUCAAAGUCCAGCAAUCAAUUGUCCUUCUCUGGGUUAUCUACUGGGAGCAAUAAGAGUACCUCCCCGAGGCACAGCUCUCUGUUCCAUGUCAAACUGCAGCUGGUGGAUCUGGCUGGCAGUGAGUGUGUCGGUCAAUCGGGUGUUCAUGGAACUCAGUUAAAGGAAGCGCAACACAUUAACAAAAGCCUCUGUGCUCUCUCCAAUGUGUUGGGGGCUUUAGCUGAGAAGAGGUCUCACAUUCCAUACAGGAACUCAACUCUCACUCAUGUCCUGCAAGACUCCAUUGGUGGGAAUGCAAAGAUGGUCAUGUUUCUCUGCCUCUCCCCAACAAGGCAGCAAGUGGUUGAAUCUCUGAGAGUGCUGGGGUUUGGAGCCAGGGCAAGACAAGUGCAGAGACCUCCUCCUACAGCAAAGAGAACUCCUAGAGUGCAGAAUGCAUAA